UCCCUGUGGAAUGUAUUGACGUUUUUCAUAUAUUUUACCACCUUCCGAGUUGUUGCAUUAUUAUGUUCCUCCGUCGCCCAGCACCCUACCUGUCAGCUCCGUUCCCUUAAAGCGGACCGCCCCACUUGAGUUUCCACCGGCGCGAUUGCACUGACACCGGCAGCCCUUCGCAAAUCCCCGCGCCCCUUCACACCCCAGUUUCGCCCCCACCAGCGGUGGGCACGUCGACAGACUACAGUCCUUCAUGGGGCACCCUGUCUUGCUCGGAAAAUGUUUUUUUUCUCGCCGCUGAGCUCGCCGCCGCCACCGUUUGCGCAAAGACCGGAGUCGCUGGUGCCCGUCUGCAGUUUCUGCCCGCGUCGCUUGUGUGGUCGGGGGCCGCCGCGGAACUGAAAUGGGUCCCUGGGCAACAGCAGCGGGGCUACCGGAGGCUGGACGUCCGCGACCGUGGAGCAGCACAUCGACAGGCUGGCUUUUGCUCGCCGUUUGGUUUCUUGCGACUUUGCAUGUGCGGCAACUUGACGCCUUUCCUUCCUCCUUGAGCGACUGCCAGACCCCCACAGGGUGGAACUGCUCCGGCUACGAUGACCGUGACACAGACCUUUUCCUGUGCGACACGAACACCUGCAAGUUCGACGGGGAGUGUCUGAGAAUCGGAGACACGGUGACCUGCAUCUGUGAUUUUAAGUGCAACAACGACUAUGUCCCCGUGUGCGGCUCCAACAACGAGAACUACCAGAACGAGUGCUACCUGAGGAAGGACGCCUGCAAGCUGCAGACGGAGGUUCUGGUGGCGUCUGAAGGUGCCUGUCCAGUCGAUGCGGGAUCAGGCUCUGGAAACGAUGCUGGCUUCAAAGCCUCCUCACUCGACGGGCAAAGGGAAAGCUCCACCUGCGACAUCUGCCAGUUCGGGGCGGAGUGUGACGAGGACGCCGAGGAUGUCUGGUGCGUCUGCAAUAUCGACUGCUCCCAAAUCAGCUUCAACCCAGUGUGCGCCUCUGACGGAAAGUCCUACGACAACCCCUGUCAGGUGAAGGAGGCGUCCUGCCAGAAACAGGAGCGGAUCGAGGUCAAAUACCUGGGUCACUGCCAAGGCGACACGCUUGAGGGGGUCAAGCCUGGAGAUGGCCGUUCUCCAAGGAAAUACUACCCAGAGGAGAGGGAGGUGGAGCCGGACCGGCCCAGCGAGGGGACCCCGGAAUAUUACAUCCCAUGCCCAGAGCACUACAAGAACUACUGUGUCCAUGGCGACUGCGAGCACUCUAAUAACAUGCUGCCCCCCUCCUGUAGCUGCCACUCUGGGUUCAGCGGUCCUCAGUGCGACAACAAGGACUACAAUGUCCUGUACGUGGUCCCGGGCUCCGGAAAGCUCCGUUACGUGCUCAUCGCAUCCAUUAUCGGGGCCGUGCAGGUGGCCGUCAUCUGCGUGGUGGUGCUGUGUAUCACACGGAAAUGCCCCAGGGGCAGCAGGAUAACCAGGCAGAAGCAGAACGCCACACACUACGGCUCAGAGAACACCAUGCGGGCGUCGACCCGCUUGAUCUGAGCCGGCUGGACGAGGGGCACGCAGGAGGGCUGACAGUAUCCCCCUCACCCCCAGCCUGGACACUGUGGACUGACUCACAGGGGGAGGGGGAUGUGUCAGGGGGGAGGCAGGAACUGCACACGAUGCCUUGCGUUUGUGGUUUACGACACCAAUGAAGACAAUGAUACUCAAAAGAUACUGUUUGGUUAUGUAUGGAUACCGUAUAUUUCACUUAGUUAAACAUUGUCUCGAUGGGUUUUUUCUGUAAUUUAAAUAAAUAAUUUAUAUCAGAGAAAAACAUCUGCUGGUG